AUGAGAAAGUCAGCUGAAGAUCUGGCGGAAGGGAUCAAAAAUAUGCUCAGCAGCAGAGGUUUCCAGGUUGGAGUUGGAGUUGGAGUUGGAUUUUUUGGAGGAAAGUACAUCAUUGUGAAUCUGUUCCAAGCGAUGGAUAAGGGAGAUGAGGAGAGGUUGAAGACGCUCGUGAGACAGGAGAUAACGCGGUACGAACAAAUGUAUAACAGUAAUCGUGUGGCCAUGUUGAAUCCUCAAUAA